AUGGUAAAUCAAGUAACAGGUGCUGAAACCAACAAAAAAGUUAGUGCUAUGAAUUUCUAUUCAUACAGACUCAUGAUCCGUCAAGCUAAAAUUCCAGAUGAAAUAGUUGACCCAAAAUUGCAUGCAGUAGUUACCAAACACAUGAUACAUGGACCUUGCGGACAUUUCAACUACAAUUCACCCUGUAUGGUCGACGGUAGGUGUUCCAAGCUAUACCCAAGAGACCUGCUUGCUGAAACCAUAACGGGAAAUGAUGGAUACCCAUUGUAUCGUCGGCGAUCAGUUGCGGACAGUGGGCGAUCGGUAGUUGUGAAGGUAAGAGGACAAAAUGUUGAUGUAGACAAUCGUUGGAUUGUGCCAUACUCGCCAAUAUUGUCCAAAGCUUUUGAGACUCACAUCAAUGUGGAAUAUUGUAAUUCUGUGAAGUCGAUAAAGUACAUAUGUAAAUAUGUUAAUAAAGGUAGUGAUAUGGCUGUCUUCGGUGUAACCAAUGCAAAUGAUGAAAUAUCACAGUACCAGAUGGGUCGCUAUCGUCGAAAACAAGGAACACCAGUUGAAGGACAUCCAAAUGUAUUUGCUUCAGAUGCUCUGGGUCGCAUCUACACAGUACAUCCAAAUAACGAUGAAUGUUAUUAUUUGCGGUUGUUGUUGGUGAAUGUUCGUGGUCCGACAUCGUUUAAACAACUGAGAACAGUUAAUGGACAGCUGUGUGCGACUUACCGUGAGGCAUGUCAACUAUUACAUUUACUUGAGAACGAUUCGCACUGGGAUGAUACGCUCAAGGAUUCCGUAAUAUCUUCGUCGCCGCAUCAAAUUCGUACAUUGUUUGCGAUUGUCAUAUCGACAUGUUUCCCCUCGAAUCCAAAAGAUUUGUGGGUUAAGUAUAGAGAUGACAUGUCUGAGAAUGUUUUGCAUCGUGUGCGCCGUCAAAGUUUGAAUCCUACACUACAAAUGACUGAAAAAAUUUACAAUGACACAUUGAUCAUGAUAGAAGAUAUGUGUUUAUUGAUGGCAAAUAAAGUAUUGUCGUGUUUGGGAAUGACAGCACCCAAUCGUCAUAUGCACGAUGCAUUAAACCACGAGUUGCAAAGAGAACAUCAGUACGACAUUGAAGCAUUGGCCGAAACAGUUCGUACAAAUGUUCCACAAUUAAAUCAACAACAAAGAAUUGCGUACGACACUUUGAUAGAAGCUGUGAACAGUGGAUCUGGUGGAAUUUAUUUCUUUGAUGCUCCCGGAGGAACCGGAAAAACGUUUUUAAUUUCAUUGCUUUUGGCGAGGAUCAGAUCGCGAAAUGAUGUUGCCCUAGCGUUGGCUUCAUCUGGAAUAGCUGCAACUCUGCUAGAAGGCGGGCGAACUGCACAUUCUGCCUUGAAAUUACCACUAAACAUGCAAAUCACCGAAACACCAAUUUGCAACAUCGCCAAAAAUAGCGCAAUGGCCAAGAUCCUACAGGUAUGCAAAUUGAUUGUUUGGGAUGAAUGCACAAUGGCCCAUAAGAGGUCACUGGAGGCACUGGACAGAACGUUGAAAAAUCUUCGUGACAACCAAAAUAUUUUCGGUGGGGCCAUGAUUCUGUUGUUAGGUGAUUUUCGUCAGACUCUUCCAUUUAUUCCCCGAUCAACUGUUGCUGAUGAACUAAAUGCAUGCCUAAAAUCAUCAAAUUUGUGGCAGUACGUAAAGACACUCCAUUUAACAACUAACAUGCGAGUAUUUUUGCAACAAGAUGAAACUGCAAAUGUGUUUGCGAAGCAGUUGUUAGACAUUGGAAAUAAUAAAGUUGCAGUGGACACCUCGACCGGAUUCAUCACAUUACCUACAGAUUUCUGUCACAUCACAGACUCAAAAGUGGAGCUUAUUCAGCGAGUUUUCCCAGAUAUAGCGCAAAAGUUCAAUAACCAUAAUUGGCUGGGUGAACGAGCAAUAUUAGCAGCGAAAAAUAAAGAUGUCGAGGAUCUUAAUGCGACAAUUCAGAAUUUUCUUCCAGGACAGUUGGUUUCCUUCAAAUCAGUCGACACCGUAAUGAACCAGGAUGACGUAAUCAACUAUCCCACAGAGUUCUUAAAUUCACUGGAAUUGCCUGGAUUACCACCUCACAAUUUGCAGUUAAAAGUAGGAUCAGUUGUCAUCAUGCUGCGUAACAUUAAUCAACCUCGACUAUGCAAUGGAACAAGACUGGCUGUGAAAAGACUGAUGAAUAACGUCAUUGAGGCGACAAUCAUAAAAGGAAAAUACAAAGGAGAGGAUGUCUUGAUCCCGCGGAUACCGAUGAUUCCAAUGGACUUACCAUUCGAUUUUAAACGUUUACAAUUUCCAAUUAUAAAUCGGAACAUCAAGUCAACAUUGACUUGGGGGUAUUCGGAAAUAUGCGCCGGCAACACGAAGAUUGACGAGCUGUCAACUGUCGUCGUCGUGUGGCACUUUUGA